AUGAACAUUUGGGAGUCUAAUAAUUCUACUGAUUCAAAACAAAGAAAGAUUCAAAGUAUUGGUGCAACCCGUUGGUGGGCUAAGGAACUGGCGCUUAAGAAAAUAUUUGGAGAUUUUAAUAAACCGGAAAACAGUUUAUAUGUUGUUGUUAUUGAUACUUUGGAAAAAAUUGAAAAAAAUGAUAAAAUUAACCCUGACACCAGGGUUACAGCUAAAAAUCAUAAGGAUAAUUUAUUGAAAUACGAAAAUAUAAUCACUGCGCAAAUAUUUUUAAAGAUUUUUAGUAUAACUGGUCCUCUGUCAAGAUAUCUGCAAACUAGAGGAUUAGAUCUUCUUAAAUGUAACCACAUGUUAGAGACGACUAUCGAACAACUGAGGUCUAUACAGAGAGAUUUUAUCUCUAUCCAGGAGGCUACAAACACAUUUUUACGUUGGGCUAAAUUAGAGUUAGAGUCAAAAAACAUAGAUGCAGAUAUACAGGAACAUUUCACUAACGUACGUCGAAGAUACGUAAAAAAAUUUUAUGAAGAAAAAUCAAUUGAUGAGCAGCCACAAUCUCCAGAAGAAAGAUUUAAGAUAUCUACUUUUAACGUGUUGAUGGACAUUGCGGUUGAAGCCAUGAAUAAUCGAUUUUUAAAAAAUAUGGAUAUAUGUAGGGAUAUGGCAAUAUUAGAUCCCAAUAAUUUUGAAGAAAUUUGUAACAAAAAAAGUUUGCCAGAUAACUGCAUGAAGUACUUGUCCGCGAAAAUAAUAAAAUAUAAUUCGACUGCAACUUCUUCCCAGUUAAAAGAGGAGCUUUUAAGUUUUGCCUCAAAUUGGGAGAAACUAAAAUUAACUUUGGAGGAUACGUACAAGACAAAUUACGAUCUAGAUCUACAUAUCAUUGAGGACGACUAUGAUGAUGAGGAUGGUAUCGAUACUGUAAAUUUACCUAAUUCUUCCGAAAUUACGGAUGUUAAACUGAAAAAAAAUAUUUGCAAGAGUUGCAAAAACUGUGCAAUAUGUUGCUACACUGUUAUUUUGAAAUAUAACAUGUUCCAGGGGGCAUAUUGUGCACUUGCGUAUCAGUAUCUCCUAACACUUCCAAUAACUCAAGUGGAGUGUGAGAGAUCGUUCUCGGUUCUGAAAUAUAUUAAAAAUAGAUUAAGAAAUAGAUUAACAGAUGACCGACUGGAAUCUUUCGUCAUCAUGAAUAUGGAAAAAUCCAUUUUAAACACAGUUGAUAAUGAAGAAGUCAUUAACAGUCUUGCGGCAGAGAGUAGUUUGUUAAAAAAAGCUUUAAUAUAUUAG